CAGUAUCAAAGAGGGAAAGAAAGGUUUUUUUUUUUUAAGGCAUUUCUUGUCUUCGUCUUCUCAUUUUUUGAUCAACUUCAACAUACCAAAGAAGAGACAGACCACAAGUUCACUCGACUCAACAUUGUUCCGGCUGUCCACUCAUUUUAACACAGGCCAGAUUUUUGGGGCAAUUUUUAUUAUUAUUUUUUAAAAAAAAAAAGGGUCUGUCACUUUAUUGCACUGCUUGUUUUCCGUUUUUAUGCAAUAACCCCGAAAAGCGGCCACAAAAUGAUAGCAGUGUUCAAGUUCGAGUCAGAAAAAAAUGACUAUUCCAUUUUAUUAUUCACAAUCAAUUAAAUGAAAAAUCAGGUAUAAGGUCCAAAAAUAAAACAUUUGUUCUCGUUAUUAAAUGCGAUGAAUGUGAUUUUACUCAAUGACGUUUUGACAUGGUAUGCAGGCUGUUCUGUUGCACACACACACACACACACACAAAAGGACCGCAGAGAGUUGUAAGAAUUGCAGAAUUAAUUCAAAUAAAUAAUUGGCUGCCAUGCAAGACGGGACAUUGGCAACAGCCGUGAUCUCACUCAGGACAGACACUUUUCACCUCAGUCAAUUACAUCGCACACCGCUAGAUCCAUGAAUGUUGAUUUAUGUUCAUAUUUUUUGGAUUGCCUGUGUUAUCUAAACGCAAAGAUGAUUGCACUUUUAUGCAUUUUUACCGAAGCACUUUUAAACGUUGAUAUGUGCAGUUUGGUUGUGUUUACAUGCAAUGAUGAUUUGGGGGGGGGGGGAAGCAACAGGAUUGGAACCUAAAACCGCGUUUUGAGCUCUCGGCUGCUUUUAGCCGUCCCUUCCGUUUACAGCCGCCUUUUCCUGCAGCCCCCUCACAUGCUCUGAUCUCGCGAGAUUUUCCGACCGGGCUUUGAUUGACAGCUAACAUGUCGGGGGGAGUACCCUCCUCCUCCUCCUCCUCCUCCUCCUUCCCUUGCUCGCCUUUUGGGGACAACCGCGGUUGGCUAGCCGCCUGCGUGAGCCUCGGCCUCCUCCUCCUCCUCCUCUUCCUCCUCCUCCUCCUCCACCUCCUCUUCCUCCUCUUCCAUCACCACCUCGAUGAGGCGGCAUCAUCAUCGUCAUCGUCGUCAUCCUCAUCCUCAUCAGCAGCAGCGGCGGCGGCGGCGGCCGCAAUGGAGCCGCUGACGACGCCGCGACGUCUCCUCCUUCCUCCUUGCGCCUUUUUUGCUCCCGCUUAACAAGCUCACGCACACGGAGAAAAGGGGAGCGUGCGCGUGCGCGUGGAUGGGAACCAUGAGCGAGCUGGAGGAGAGCGGCCAGGGCGCGCGCGCGCACAAAGCCUUGCAGCAGUGCGAGCUGGUGCAGAACAUGAUCGACAUCAGCAUCUCCAGCUUGGAGGGCUUGAGGACCAAAUGCGCCACAUCCAACGACCUGACGCAGAAGGAGAUGCGCACGCUCGAGGGUAACCUGGUGAAGUACUUCAGCCGCCAGCUGUCGUGCAAGUGCAAAGUGGCCUUCGAGGAGCGCAGCGCCGAGCUGGAGGACUUCCCUCGUCUGGGCCACUGGUUCCGUAUCGUCAACCUGAGGAAGGAGGUCACGCGGGACAUGAACGCCGCCGGCGUGACGCUGGAGGGCCUUCUGGAAAUGAGCGAGCAGCAAAUGUGCGAGCUGCUGCGAACGUUCGGCGCCGACGGCGAGGAAUGCGCCCGCCUCAACGCCUCCCUGGACAGCCUCCGGAGGGCGCGGCAGCUCGAACAACUGGAGGAGGAGAAGUUGCACAGCAACGGAGGGAGCCAGGCCAAACAGGAUUGGUCCAUCCAGUGGCCCACCUCCGAGUCGGGCAAGGAGAACACCCCCGUGUGUCAGCCCGAGCCCGGCCAGUGGAUCCACUUCCAGCUGUCCCAAAGCCCCAAAGUCCAGCCCAAGUACAACCGGCACACGUGCCGCGUCCCCCAGACCCAGACCCCGACCCCGACCCCGACGGCGUCUCCUUUGUACGCCGAGCGGCUGACGGCGGACGGGCCUUCGGCGGCCGCCUCGGACUGCGGGCGCCGCUCGCUGCCGCCCUCGCCUUGCCAGAGGCGCUUUGGCCACACGCCCCCCCGAACGCCGCUGGUGUUCAACACCAUGACGCCGCCCGGUACGCCGCCCGUGAGGCGGAGGAACAAAGUCAAGGCGCCGGGCACGCCGCCGCCCCCCAGCCGGAAGCUCAUACACCUCCUGCCGGGCUUCACCGCGCUGCACCGGAGCAAAUCGCACGAGUUCCAGCUGGGGAACCGCCUGGACGACGCGCACACCUUAAAAGGCAAGAAGAAGAGCAAGCCCUUGAACCUUAAGAUCCACAGCAGCGUGGGCAGCUGCGAGCACCUGCCCACCAACCCGCCCGGCCAGCGCUCGCCACUGCCCACCGAGCGCUCCCUGAGAUCCUUCUUCUUCUUCCCGUCCUUGGUGCCGUCCACGCCACCCGUGCACGCCGAAACGCCCUCUGCAAACACUCUGUCAGUGCCUCGCUGGUCCCCGCAGGUCCCCCAACGAGAUCUGGGAAACUCCAUCAAGCACAGAUUCUCCACCAAGUACUGGAUGUCGCAGACGUGUAUCGUGUGCGGGAAGGGAAUGCUGUUUGGACUCAAGUGUAAAAACUGCAAGCUCAAGUGCCACAACAAAUGCACCAAAGAUGCGCCGCCCUGCCAUCUGCUCAUCAUCCAGCGAGGCGGACGAGAAGCCCUCAAAGACCACCAAGGAAUGACUCAAGUAGCUCGCCUGGUGCGGACCGAGUCGGUGCCCUGCGACAUCAACAACCCGCUCAGGUACAGCGACCUGCACGUCAGUCAGACUCUGCCCAAAACCAACAAAAUCAACAAGGAUCACAUCCCGGCGCCGUACCAGCCGGACUCCAGCAGCAACCCGUCGUCCACCACCUCGUCCACGCCGUCGUCUCCCGCCCCGCCGCUGCCCAGCAGCGCCACGCCGCCCUCGCCGCUGCACCCGUCGCCGCAGUCGGCGCGGCAACAGAAACACUUCAACCUGACCGCCUCCAGUUACUUCAAAUACAAACAGCAGUUCAUAUUUCCAGACGUGGUGACUCCAGAGGUUCCGCCCAACAGAGCACCGCAAGUCAUCCUGCAUCCUGUCCUGUCUGAGCCCAACGACGAGGGAAACCCGUUGCUCCAAAUCGAAGUGGAGCCGACUUCCGACAACGAGGAGUCGGGCGACGAGUUUGAGGAGAUGAACCUGUCGCUGCUGUCCGCCCGCAACUUCCCGCGUAAGGCCAGCCAGACCAGCAUUUUCCUGCAGGAGUGGGACAUCCCCUUCGAGCAACUGGAGAUCGGCGAGAUGAUCGGCAAGGGUCGCUUCGGCAAGGUUUUCCACGGCCGCUGGCACGGCGAGGUGGCCAUCCGCCUCAUCGACAUCGAGCGCGACAACGAGGACCAGCUGAAGGCCUUCAAGCGCGAGGUGAUGGCCUACCGCAACACGCGCCACGAGAACGUGGUCCUCUUCAUGGGUGCCUGUAUGAGUCCGCCGCACCUGGCCAUCAUCACCAGCCUGUGCAAAGGCCGAACGCUCUACUCGGUGGUGCGUGACGUCAAGGUCGCCCUGGACGUCAACAAGACGCGACAGAUCGCGCAAGAGAUGGUCAAGGGGAUGGGCUACCUCCACGCCAAAGGGAUCCUCCACAAGGACAUCAAGUCCAAGAACGUCUUCUACGACAACGGCAAAGUCGUCAUCACCGAUUUCGGACUCUUCACCAUCUCGGGGGUCCUGCGAGCCGGCAGGAGCCGGAGAGAAGACAAGCUGAGGAUCCCGAGCGGCUGGUUGUGUCACCUGGCGCCAGAAAUCAUCCAGCAGCUCUCUCCGGACACCGAGGAGGACAAGCUGCCGUUCUCCAAGCAGUCCGACGUAUUCGCCUUCGGCACCAUCUGGUUCGAGCUGCACGCCCGCGAGUGGCCUUACAAGAGUCAGCCGGCCGAGGUCAUCGUGUGGCAGAUCGGCAGCGGCGUCAAGCCCAGCCUGGCGCACGCCGGCAUGGGCAAGGAGAUCCUGGACAUUUUGCUGCUGUGCUGGGCCUUCCAGCAGGACGAGCGGCCCAGCUUCUCCAAGCUGGUGGACUUGCUGGAGAAAUUACCCAAGCGCAACCGCCGCCUCUCCCAUCCGGGACACUUCUGGAAGUCGGCCGAGUACGUCAAAUGAAGCAAGAACGAACCCCCCCCCCAGGAAAGGGACGCCCGCUUUUGGAAUUGCUGUCGACUCGAUGGCUUUAACGGACGUUCGAUUUCUUUCGAGUCGCCGGCGCUGUACCGCGUGAAUGUGCGGCACGUUUUCCCGCGGAAAACCUGAACUGAUGCGCGGAAACGAGGAAUUCUCGGGCAGCUCGUCCGCAUUGGAAUUUUGCUACAUUUCGACUUUGGAGUGUUUGAGCUGCGCCGGGAAGAAAAAAAAAAAAAAAAAAAAUUCUCACCUGACGAGAAGAAAGUCGUUUUCGUACGAUAACGUCAAUGGGCCGUAUCUUUCCCGGUGGGGGCAUGUUUACAAAAGUUUUGGCUCAAUCAAAAACAAAAACAAAAAAAUGCAGCUUUUCAAAAGGAUUUUUGGGGAAGAAAAUCUUUCUUGUUUCGUCUGCAUUUUUUUUCCUUCAAUUUCACCAUAUGAAUGCAAGAUUCCAAUUCCAAAAAUACCCCAACAAGUUUGUUCUCAUAAUAUGAUUUCCCCUUGUGUUUUUCUUUCGUUCAAGUAGAAAUGCAAAAAAUGUAGCAUAGACUUUGCAGACACCUGAAAAUCAUAUUUCUGAUAUUAUUAGGAGUCUUAUCAAAGAGAGGAUUCCUAAAAUUGCAAAUAUUUCUUUCCCACACAACGUCAAAAAUGGACUUCCAAAAAAAUAUGCUUCCUUAUAAUUUUUUUUAAUGAUGAUUCUUUUUGCAGAAUAAUGACGCUUAUUAAAAUAAAAGAAUAAUCCACUGAGAAUGGUUGCGCGUACUUCUCCAAAAUGGCUUCCCCUUCAAAAAAUGUUCUCCAAAUUUAGAUUUUUGUUGUUCAAAAAAAAAAAAAAAAGUCUUCUUCCUUUUCUAGAAACAUUUGACCUCUGUUUUUUGGGGUGUGUGUGGGGGGGACAUGACAGCGUCCGCCCCCACCCAAAAAAACUCAACCAUCACUAAUAACUCAAGAUUACUUUUUUAUAAUUGUCUGCCGGCUAUGAGGAUUUUUUUUUCCCCCGUUUUUCUGUUUUUACCCAUUUUAGCUUCACAGGGGGAAACUUUUUUUGCUGCCUGAUAAUAUUUUCUGCUUCCCCUAUUUUUUCUUUUUUUUUCUUUUUUUUUUUUUUUUUUUUUGCAGAUCCCCACUCAAUGACUUGAUUGUAAUUUGAACAAAUUUGAAUUUUUUUUUCUUUUUUGGGCUUUUCUGUCCCUUCCGAACCCAUCAAAAACCCCAGAGACAAUCAUAUCAAAUCCAUCCAUUUUCUGUCCCGCUUCAUCCUCACGCGGGUCGCGGGCGUGACGACGCCCAUCCCGCCUAUCUUUGGGCGAGAGGUGACUGGUCGCCAGCCGAUCGCAGGGCACGUAGAAACGAACGACCGCUCACACUCACAUUUCCGGUCUGAAGUGAAACGAGCGGAGUGCCCGUAGAAAAGCCACGAAGGCGGGCAAACUCCACACAUUUGAGGCAGGGAUUUGAACUCGGAUCCUCACGUCACCCCCCCCCCCCCCCACGUGGUGCCACAAUCAUUAAAAAAACAAAUUAAAAUAAAAUAUUUGAUUGCUGCUGUUUAUUGGGACUCUUUUGCAGAGACUGGACCAUUGUGUAUGGAAGAAAAAAAAAUAUAUAUCCAUCCAUCCAUUUUCUUAGCCACUUAUCCUCACAAGGGUCGAGGGUAUGUAUCUCUCUAUAUAUUUAUGAUGUUUGGCUUUUUUGCAGGUGCCGCCCGAUUGUUGCUGUUUUUAAUUUUCGAUCUUGUGAAUAAUGAACGCUAAAAACAAACAAACAAACAAAAGUGUGUGAUCAAGCGACGACAAAAAUCUAACAUGAGUGCCAAGUGUACAGAAGAGAUUGUAAACCGCAUUUGCCGUAUGAUUAUGACUAUAAUGACUAUCAUUAUUGUUGCUCUUUCCUUUCCUUUCCUUUUUUUUUUAAUUUUUAAGACUCUUUCCUUUUGAAUGUAGGAAAAAGUGUCGUCGUCGUCGUCGUCGUCGUCGUUGUCGUCUUUGAAAUUCUUUUGUGGGGGGGGGGGUUUCCCGGCGCGC